UGUGCCUGUCGUGGCCGCAUGCCAGCCACAUGCAUAGUAUGUUCGACGUACACCAAACGUCAGUUUAGCUGCCAUGGACCGCAACCACGGCGACCACCGCCGGUCGUCUUCAUCGGUGACUCGAUUACGAUCUCUACUUACUUGAGUUCUUCCACGACGAAUUGCAUCUUGGAUCUCGCCGGAUGGCUGAUCUCGACGUACCCAUGGACGGCGGCGGCGCUACCUUGCUGCGCGUCGGCGGCAUCGCCGUGCUGUUCUUGGUGGGUGUCGUUCUUGUUCGGUGGUGGUCGAGGUGGCGCGGCCGGGGAGGCGCGGCGCCGAGCGCGCCGGCGCUCCCGGUGCUCGGGCACCUGCACCUGCUGACGAAGCCGCUGCACCGGUCGCUGGCGGCGCUCGCCGCCGGGGUCGGGGCACCGGUUGUGUCGCUGCGGCUGGGAGCGCGGCGCGCGCUGCUGGUGUCGUCGCACGCCGCGGCGGAGGAGUGCUUCACGGCGUGCGACGCCGCGCUGGCGGGGAGGCCGCGGCUGCUCGCCGGGGAGAUCCUCGGGUACGGCUACACCACCAUCGUUUGGGCCUCCCUCGGCGACCACUGGCGCGCCCUCCGCCGCUUCCACGUCGCCGAGCUCUUCUCCGCGGCCCGCGUCGCCGCGCUCGCCGCCGACCGCCACGCCGAGGUCGCGCACCUCGUCAACGGCCUGCUCCGCGACGCCGGCGCCGGCACCGCGGGGCGGGGCACGGUAACGCUCCGGCCCAGGCUCUUCGAGCUGGUGCUCAACGUGAUGCUGCGCGCGCUGACGGCGCGCCGCCACGCCGGCGACGCGCGCCGGUUCCAGGAAAUCAUCGAGGAGUCGUUCAGGGCGACCGGCGCGCCGAGCCUCGGGGACUUCUUCUCGGCGCUGCGGUGGGUCGACCGUCUCCGCGGCGUCGUGGCCGCCCUACGAAGGCUGCAAGCGAGGCGCGACGCGUUCGUCGCCCGCCUCAUCGACGACCACCGCCGAAGCCGCGGCGCCGGCGACGGAGACAAGGAGAAGAAGGGCAUCAUCGACGCCCUCCUCACGCUGCAAGAAACCGAUCCAAACCACUACACCGACAAUGUCGUCAAGGGCAUCGUCUUGUCGCUGCUGUCCGCCGGGACCGACACGACGGCGCUGACCACCGAGUGGGCGAUGGCGCAGCUGCUGACGCACCCGGAGGCGAUGAAGAAGGUGCGAGCCGAGAUCGACGCCAACGUCGGCACGGCGCGGCUGGUGGAGGAGGCCGACAUGGCGAGCCUCCCCUACCUGCAGUGCGUCGUCAAGGAGACCCUCCGGCUCCGGCCCGUCGGCCCGGUCAUCCCGGCGCACGAGGCCAUGGAGGACUGCACGGUGGCCGGCUUCCGCGUCCGCCGUGGCACGAUGAUCCUCGUCAACGCGUGGGCGAUCCACCGUGACGGCGACGUCUGGGACACGCCGGAGGAGUUCCGGCCGGAGCGGUUCCUGGACGCCGGCGCGGCCACCGCGCCCAUGCUGCCGUUCGGGCUCGGCCGGCGGCGGUGUCCAGGCGAGGGGCUGGCCAUGCGCAUUGUCAGUGUGACGCUGGCGGCGCUGGUCCAGUGCUUCGAGUGGGGCGUCGACGAGGCCGGCGCCGUCGACAUGGCCGAAGGCGGCGGGCUGUCGAUGCCGAUGGCGACGCCGCUGGCAGCCAUCUGCCGGCCCCGGGUGUGCCCACAAGUACACUAUCAAGUUCUGACUUCUGAAGGUCCAAAAUCUUCCUAAAAGCCCAGCAAACGAACCUCAUCUUGAAUCUUUUGACAGAUUUGCAAGCAUCGAGUCUUAUGGGCUUUUUAAUCGAUGUAGCUAUGGACUUUGAGCCCAAAAGAGCUUUCGAGCAAAUCACGAGCUAGCCGGAGCUCGAAUUGUUAACAAUGAGAAGAUGAGGACAAGCUUAAACUUCUAUUAAUUACCAUGCUAUUGUUAAAAUAGUUAAUAACUGGCUGUGUUUAGUAAAGGACCACAUCUAAGAUGCAUGCUAAAUUUCUAAUGAUAGCUUUAUAUUAUAUUCAGUAUGUAAAGCCUUUUCAAGGCAGUCAUCAGAGAAGGGAGCUUCCUUACUUAAAUAUAUUCGCCAGUAAAUGUAAAUUCAGCAUGUAGGAUAACAAGCUUAUGGAGAACUUUAAUAAAACAUAAAGGAAGUAAAGACAGUUGGGCAGACUCAUACA